AUGGGCUUCGAAUGGGCAGUAACACAUUGCAAUUUCUCGUUUCUUUUGAAGAUAGAUGACGACGUUUUUGUACAUAUUCCAAGAGUUCUCUCUUUCUUGAACGCGACCACCACGUCGAAGAAAAAGCUUUACACUGGCUUGCUUUAUGCAAACAUGGGCCCUCAUAGGAAAGGCAAAUGGAUGGUAACUUACGAGGAAUAUAACGAGACAAGAUAUCCAGAUUUUUGCCCCGGUUUUGGAUACGUUUUAUCUCACGAUGUUGUACGUGCAUUUGUUGACACUUUCUCUUCUUUGCCGUUCUUCAGACUGGACGAUGUUUACGUUGGCAUGCUGGCGAGUAAGAACGGAAUAAGUAUCACAAACAAUGUGGGUUUUGAAGUAUGGCAUCCACCUCAAUAUGUAUGUGUUCCAACAAAGGAUACUUUAGUCAGACAUGAUGUAGGGGAAGAGUGCCAAAUUAAAAUGUUUAAUAGUUAA